AUGUGGCUGAUCAAAACGCGAACAGUGAACAGUGACACAGGACCUUGGAAGAAAAACCAGUGGUUUGACCAGGAGUGCGAACAAAGCCUACAGCAGAAAGUAAUCAAGAGACAGAACCAGUUAGCCGAACUUGAAAUACCAGGGCCCACACUAGCUGAAGUAAAGUCCGCAAUUUCGUCUCUAAAAAAUCAUAAAGCCCCAGGCCCAGACGGCAUACAGGAAUUAGAAUCCGACAACGACGGCAAACCAAUCAGAAGGACAACAGGACAUCUAGUGACACUGAACGACGGCGGAGGCAAAUUUAGAGAGCCAGAGAAGCCAAGGAAGAAGAAAAUUAAGAAGAAGGUAGACAAAGGACCCGAAAAAGACGACUUCACGACAGAUGAAGAAAUGAACAACACGAGUCAGAGAAAAAACGAAGAAAAAAUGGACCACGAGACGACGAAGAAAUCAGCCACGAAAAGGCAAAGAACUACAGCACAAAAUGGCAGCGAAGACGAAAAAACAGAGGAAAUAAACUCCCUGAUGAAGAUUAUUCAACAACAAGCUGAAGAUAUCAAAAUCAGAGACGAAGAAAUAAAGAGACUCCAUGCCCAAAUAGAGGAUCUAAAAAUCACUAUGAUUCAAUCAAAUAAAACCCUGAUAGAACAUAUGGAUUCUAGAUUCAAUCAACUUGCGAAUACACCAACGGAGAAGGCCACGCCUACAACCAGAAAAGAGGACCCGCCUACUGCAACAACUAAGGGGGCAAAAGAUACCAAAGAAAACACGCCUACAGAAGCAUCUAAGGGGGCAAAAUCAAAAAUAAAAAAGCAGAAUGAAGAAUUUCCAGCACUAAAGGAGAAGAAAAUGGUUGAAAAACCAAAGGAAAAUGAAAAAGAUGACUGGGAAAACAAAGCCACAGCGAGCAAACUAGGGAACAAAUUAAAUCUGCCCUUGGAGAGGCUAGCGAGAAAAUUAUUAAAAGGCGAUUUCAAGAGAAGUAUAAAUAACGGUUGGUAUGACAAUAGUGACUGCAAACGAAAAAAGAAGACUAGACAAGAAUUAGUAACAGAUAACAGAGAUUGUAAAACAAAGACAUAA